AUAUAUAAUUAAUGGUGUCUGGCCAAAGCGCCGAUCGAUGGACAAUUGCAGACAACGCUUUUUUUCAUCACCUUUUUUUGUGUGUCUCUCUAUCACCAAUGACGUCAAACGUAUUUGCCCAGUAAUCUGCGAAGCAGCGUGAGACUAAACGACGCCUCGAGCCCCCGUUUUUGAGCUUCUGUUUCUUGAUUAUUUGAUCGGCUGGACUGUUUUGCAUAAUCUUCGCAUGAUUUGCCAAUAUUUGCGGGGAGCCGGUCAAUGGGUUGACGCGAGUACGACCAUGUAUAUAAGUUGUGGGGUUCCUCCUGCGGUUUGUCAGUCACUCUUCAAUAAUGCGUCUAACAGUAGUCUUCGCACUCAGCAUAUUUGUGGGCGUGGUCGGCUGCCAGCCCACGGGAUCGACAAGAUCGCCAGAUAGAGAGCUGCAGGAGCUGCUCUAUGAUCAAUGGCCGGGAGUGGAGGACGAGCGAGACGCCGAUGCUGAGCUGGAUAAUGCCUAUGAGCUGUACAAGUACAAGACACGAAGACCCAAGGUCCUACAGGAUAUAUCGAAUGCGAUUGACACACAUGAAUUGAGCUAAGAAUUGUAAAGAUGAAUACGGUACAAAGAGGUUUCAGCCGAGGCUCCAACACUAACGGGUCUACAGUCAUUAUAGGAUAUGGUUACACUUAAGUUUCGAAUAAAAGACAUUGGACUUAUGUCAAAUUAUGUCUGAGCAUUUAAGGGUACAUGGAAAUUAUAGGGCAUACGACAAGCAUUUCAGAAAACCCAAAAAAA